UUCAAGGAUAGGCUGGACAUGCACAUGGUAGGCAAGUCAUGAGUAGAGCCAGCAGGAGCGGAGGGGGGGGGGUCAGAAUAGAUGACCUGGGGGACCCCUACUGACUCACUCUUUUUAUGAAUUCCUUAGGGGAAAAAUGGAAUAACCAUAGAAUAAAUAAACUGCAGAAGAGGCCAUUGCUCAUAAAAAACAGAAAACAUUGCUAGAAAGAGGCUGAGCACUUAAAGAAUAUGCAAAGCUGCCACUGCAUUUGGAUGUAGAUGACAUUUGUGUGAGCCAGUGCCUCCGCAUGAGCAGUUUAUAAAAGUGUAUUGCCAUUCUCCUGAUGAUAGCAAUUAACAUUACAUAGCUGCAGUCCCAUUCUGUGGGAAGCAAGCAGGACAGAAGCUGCCUUGAUGCCAUCUUCCUGAGUCACAAAACUUUCCCAUUUAUGUGAGCAAAAUCUACCUGAACUAAUUAUAUUACCCUUCUAGUUAACCCUGAUGUCCUGUAUGAAGUAUUUGAAGUGCCUCCUUCUCUUUUAACUAGUAUGUGUCUUCAAAAAGCCUCUUGCAUGAUCCUCAUGUGCAACAUAAAGGUCUUACUUUAAGUGUUGUAACAGCUCUGCAGGUGAUGGCUGGCAACCCAACACAGGAGAAGGGGUUAUAUUCCAUUACUAAAGCAACAAGCCCUCUUCUGUUAGUGUUAGAUCUUUACAUGUGAUUCUGUGCUUUGUUGGCACUAAAAAUGCACUUUUGGCUAAAAAAACAGGCAUCUCUAAGGCACGCAUCUUAUAAUGAUUGUGUAAAUAACCGUAAGUACUUGAAGAACCUUGUCCUUGAGAGUCCUUUUUUGGGAAAUUCUGAAGUGGAAUUUGUUUAUCAAGUACUAAUAUGAAAGAUGGUACUGCUAUAAUCUAAACCUGUAUUACUGGUAUGUCUGAAUCUUAACAUUGGGUACUUUAAUCUUGGCUAAUUUGUGUUCCUUGAAGCUACCAUCUGAAACUUUGGAGAACAAAGAUUGGAUCUGAAUAGCUGGAUUGAUUAACUACAAUUGAAGAAAGAGAUUUGCUUAUUGGGAAGUAUAGAUAUAGAAUGAAUAAAUAAAAAUGAUAAUAUUUAAAAUAAGCAUUAUUAGUGAGCAAACGUAUAAUGUAUUCCACAGAGUCUAACAUAGCAAAUGAAACUAAUCUUUUUUUCUGCUUUCAGGUCAAAAUGAAAAGACUCGAGAAUUGUUUGGAUGAUGCAUUUCUGUAGUAUUUUGUCAGCAUUGUAGUAUUGACAAUGGAUAAGUGUAAACAUAUAGGACGGCUGCGGCUUGCCCAGGACCAUUCCAUUGUGAAUCCUCACAAAUGGCAUUGCAUGGUUUGCAAUACUACAGAAUCGGUAUGGGCCUGCCUAGGUUGCUCACAUGUUGCUUGUGGAAGAUACAUCGAGGAACAUGCACUAAAGCACUUUCAGGAAAGCAGUCAUCCAGUUGCAUUGGAAGUGAAUGAGUUGUAUGUUUUCUGCUACCUUUGUGAUGACUAUGUUCUUAAUGAUAAUGCAACUGGUGACAUAAAACUCUUGCGAAGUACACUAAGUGCAAUCAGGAGUCAAAAUUAUGGCUGUACUACUCGUAGUGGCAGGACUUUGCGAUCAAUGGGCACAAGUGAUGAUCUUUCACAUAAUAAUGCACAAGCCUUGCUUCGUAAUCAAGAUCGUAUGUUCACAGCUCUGUGGCACAGGAGGCAUGCAUUAAUGGGCAAAGUGUUUAGAUCUUGGUUUGAACUAACACCAAGUGGAAAGAGGAUUUUAGAAGAAGAGAAACUAAGGGAACAGGCAGAAGAAAGAAGGAUCAAUGCUAAGAAGAAACGAGAAGAGCGGAAGCGCCAGUUGAAGGAAGAAAUGGAAAAAAUGCCCCCAAGGAAGAGCUUUCGCUUGCAAAAUCAAAAAGAAUCCUCAAAGAUUCCACUAUAUGCACUAAAAAUGCCACAACAUUUGGAUACUGCUGUUGAUCUAAAAGUAGCGGCUACCUCAAAUGAAGUAAAAUUAAAAAAAAAUAAUGACUCUCCGGUUAAACGAAGACCUACUGUGACUCCUGGUGUAACAGGAUUACGAAACUUGGGAAAUACAUGUUAUAUGAAUUCUAUUCUUCAGGUAUUGAGUCACUUGCUCAUAUUUAGAGAAUGUUUUUUGAAGCUUGAUUUGAACCAAACUCAAGAGUUGUUAGCAGCUGCAGCCAAUGGAAAAACAAGAUCUUCUUCUAAACAUCAUACAUUAACUGGCCCUGUUUUUCAUGUGAAUGAAAGCCACAUGAAGGAGAAGACAUCUUCUGUAAGGCGAUCCAGCGUGUCAUCAGGCCUAAGUGGUGGAGCAUCACACAGUAGAAAUAUGGAACUUAUUCAGCCUAAGGAGCCAAGCUCAAAGUACAUUUCUCUUUGUCAUGAACUACAUACUUUGUUCCAAGUCAUGUGGUCUGGCAAGUGGGCUUUAGUGUCCCCUUUUGCAAUGCUCCAUUCUGUCUGGAGAUUAAUCCCAGCCUUUCGUGGUUAUGCCCAACAAGAUGCUCAGGAAUUUCUCUGUGAACUUUUGGAUAAAGUGCAGCAGGAACUGGAGACAGCUAGGACAAAAUGUCCAGCCCUUAUUCCCACUUCUCAAAGGAAACUCAUUAAGCAGGUUUUGAAUGUGGUCAAUACUAUUUUUCAUGGACAGCUUUUAAGUCAGGUAACAUGCCUUGCAUGUGAUAAUAAAUCAAAUACUAUAGAACCCUUCUGGGACUUGUCACUGGAAUUUCCUGAGAGAUAUCACUGCAAUGGGAAGGAAACAACCUGUCAGCAUCCAUGCUUGUUGACAGAAAUGUUGGCCAAAUUUACAGAAACAGAAGCCUUGGAAGGAAAGAUAUAUGCUUGCGAUCAGUGCAACACAAAACGAAGAAAGUUUUCUUCUAAGCCUAUUAUACUCACAGAAGCACAGAAGCAGCUUAUGGUAUGCCGACUACCUCAAGUUUUGAGAUUACACCUUAAACGGUUCAGAUGGUCAGGGCGUAAUCACCGUGAGAAGAUUGGUGUGCAUGUCAGUUUUGACCAGAUGCUAAACAUGGAACCCUAUUGCUGCAGAGAAUCUCUAAAGUCUCUUGUACCCGAUUGCUUUAUCUAUGACUUGUCUGCUGUUGUGAUGCAUCAUGGAAAAGGAUUCGGUUCGGGACACUACACUGCCUAUUGCUACAAUUCAGAUGGAGGAGUAUGGGUACACUGCAAUGAUUCCAAGCUCAACAUGUGCACUAUGGAAGAAGUAUGCAAGGCACAGGCCUACAUUUUGUUUUAUACCCAACGAAUUACUCAGGCAAAAGGGCAUUGUAGAGUAUCAGGUCUUGACUCACCGUCUGGAAAACAGCCAAAUACUGAAGUUAAUUGUUCCAGUGUAGACAGUACCAGUGAAGCCAAAGCCAGUUUACUGAGCGCAGUUCAAGUAUGAAUUGGCACUUGUACAUGUAUUGAUACAAGUGCAGUAUUGUACUAAAUUUGUCUUGUGAAAUUGUAUGUGUUCAAACCUUUUUGUACUUGUUAAAAUACAUUUUGGAAAAGGUUUAGUAUAAAUACAUUACUGAUGGUACAGAACUUCCUACUUUACUAGAAGAUUGUAUAGUUUUUUAAAAAAAAGAAAAUUGCCAUUUGAAUUUUAAAAUCUUACCUCAAGCUGUUUUUCAGCAUUUUUAUAUUCUAGUGUAGAAAUAUAGGUGAGGAAUUUUGGUGGGCAACUUGUGUAAUUCUAUUUUUUUAUUAAAAUGUGCAUUUUAUACCACA